CACUAGGGUUUUUAUUUGCGAAACUGAUGACACACACUUCUCUCCCGCUGUUUCUUGGCGGCGUUUCUCAGACCAUCGAGUAGUUCCCAUCGAAACCAUUAAUCUUUCGCCAUGAGUAAGCUACAAAGCGAUGCUGUAAGGGAAGCCAUCUCCCAGAUUGUUGCAGAGGUGAAGGAAAAGAAGCGUAACUUUGUUGAGACCAUUGAGCUCCAAAUUGGUUUGAAGAAUUAUGAUCCGCAGAAAGAUAAGCGUUUUAGUGGUUCUGUGAGGUUGCCGCACAUCCCUCGUCCUAAGAUGAAGGUCUGCAUGCUUGGUGAUGCUCAACACGUAGAAGAGGCAGAGAAGAUAGGAUUGGACUACAUGGAUGUCGAAGGACUAAAGAAGCUUAACAAGAACAAGAAACUGGUCAAGAAGCUUGCCAAAAAGUACCAUGCCUUCCUAGCAUCUGAAGCUGUUAUCAAGCAGAUCCCUCGUCUCUUGGGCCCUGGUUUGAACAAAGCAGGAAAGUUUCCAACGUUGGUGACUCAUCAGGAAUCCCUUGAGUCAAAAGUUAAUGAAACAAAAGCAACUGUGAAGUUUCAACUCAAGAAGGUUCUGUGUAUGGGUGUUGCUGUCGGCAACUGCGGUAUGGAGGACAAACAGAUCUUCCAGAAUGUUCAGAUGAGUGUAAACUUUCUUGUGUCGUUGCUGAAGAAGAAUUGGCAAAAUGUGAGGUGCUUGUACCUGAAGAGUACCAUGGGAAGGCCAGUCCGCAUCUUUUAAGUGGUUAUAUACUUGUGGAAGCUGCAUAGUGAGUGUAGGCGCAGCCAAGACUUUACAGUUUUCUGGGUUUCUCAGAUAGUCUUUUUGUUUUUCAGUUUUCUGGGAUAUCUUUGUUGUCUGAAAGUGGUCAAUUCUGUGACUUCAAUUCUAGUUGUGCUUCUUUUGGUGGUUGAGAAAGAUGGAAGUAUCACCGCGCUUGGUUUUA